CUGCCGCGAUCCCGGUGAACACGGACUGUUUUUGUUGACGGACAAAGCGGAAGUGAAUGAGAAACAUUAAAGCUCGCAGUGACAGAACAGCUGUUUUUUCUCAGAUAUUCCAUAUUUAGCUCGGCAGCGGGGUUGGAGUUUGCUCGAGCUGAUCAAUGUCUGAUUCUGCAGAUCUUCCAAAAGCAGAGGAGGAGGAGGAGGUCACGCAGGAUUUACAGGAUCAGUCAGACGACAGCAGUGAGGACGAGGAGGCAGCAGGAACUGAGAUGGACUUCCUGCGGAACCUCUUCUCCAGCGCUUUGGGCCUGGGCUCUGCAGAGAAGGUUCUGGACGCUCUGACUCUGGAAGGAGUGGCUCAGUAUAUAAAGAGCGGCAAAUGUAAAAACAUCAUCUGCAUGGUUGGUGCAGGAAUAUCCACAUCUGCCGGAAUUCCAGAUUUCCGAUCUCCUGAAACCGGCCUGUAUGCCAACCUGCAGAAAUAUGACCUGCCUUACCCAGAAGCCAUCUUCCAAGUAGAUUACUUUAAGGAACAUCCAGAACCGUUCUUUGCUUUGGCGAAGGAGCUUUACCCAGGACAGUUUAAGCCAACCAUCUGCCACUACUUCAUACAGAUGUUGAAGGACAAAGGGAUCCUGAGGCGCUGCUACACUCAGAACAUUGACACUCUGGAGCGAGUCGCAGGUCUAGAAAAAGACGAUCUGAUCGAAGCUCACGGGACCUUCUACACCUCCCACUGUGUCAGCUUCUGCUGCCGUAAAGAAUACAGCCUGGAAUGGAUGAAAGAGAAAAUCUUCUCUGAUGCCAUUCCCAAAUGUGAGAAGUGCAAGAGUUUGGUGAAACCAGACAUCGUUUUCUUUGGGGAGAGCCUGCCGGCGCGUUUCUUCACGUGCAUGAAGAUGGAUUUCCCUCGCUGUGACCUUCUCAUCGUCAUGGGGACGUCUCUGCAGGUGCAGCCGUUUGCAGGUUUAGUCGGCAGGGUUUCCAAGAGUUGCCCCCGACUGCUCAUUAACAUGGAAAAGGCGGGGGAGGCUGACCCGAUGCUGGGGAUGCUGGGAUUUGGAGGAGGAAUGGACUUUGACUCUGACAAGGCGUACAGGGACGUGGCUCACAUCAGUACCUGUGAUGACGGCUGCCUGGCUCUGGCUGAGCUGCUGGGCUGGAAGGCCGAGCUGGAGGCCCUGGUAAAGCAGGAGCACGCUCAGAUCGACAGUAAAAACAAGAAGGAGCAGCCUGGAGAAGCUGGAGGAUCCAAGGACAGCUCUGCCUCCGUCAAACCAGAGGAGUAAACUGACUGAAGCUGCUUUCCUAAGUUCGAUCAGGACUUCAGGCUUUCGUCUGCUGCUCCUCUGAUCUGAUCAACAUCCUCCGUUUUAUUCGAACGUCUUUUGCACUUUUGUGACUUUUCCACACUUUCCGCUGUAGCUCAUCACAUGACUGCAGCACGCACAUGUUCGCUUCCUGUUUGACUAAAGCUGAAACCAGGUGAGGUGAUCUGCAGCUCAUCUGACUCUGCAGAGAGAGGGAGAGAAAAUCGAGCUAUUUAUAGUGUUUCAAAGUGAAACUGUUUACAUCAAAACGCGCUCUUUGCAGAAAAUUAACUUCCUGAUUUAACUCAGUUUUUCUUUAACUUAGCUUAGUAUUUUUUUUAAAUCAUAUUUAAUCUCUUUAACCUAAAGUUUUUCAUCUUCUUUUAAUUUUAAAGUUUAUUUGAGGAAGUCUUGGUUGGAAGAAAUGCAGCAGGGUUUUAGGAUGAAUGUAAAGGUGAGAAAGAACUGACACUGAACAGAAGAAGGUUAAAAUACAAACCAGUGAAGAUGUCAACUUUGUUGUAUUUAAUUCUAACGGCGACUAACACUGACCUGCAGGUUUGGGAUCGACUACAGCAAAACCUGCAAUAAACUCAACCUUUGUGAACCUGG